UCUCUCUAAGUAAAGCAGUAGUAUUUUAUUAUUUUUUGUAUUCUGUUUUUAAUUAUGUAACUUUUUUAGUUUGUUACUGAAGACCAGAACCAUUAAAGGUUUGAAAAUGGUGGAAAUGUGAGUGGAACGGAAAAUGAGGAUUUAAAUUAGCUUUGAGUCCUUGAUUGAGUGAGAGGAGAGAAAGGAGCUGGACUGGCCUUUAAAGAAAGCUUGUGGCUUACAGCAUACCUUGUGCUCUGUCUGUGCUUUCUGGCAGCAUCAUUUCUAGUUCACAUCUCUCUUUUCAUUUUCUUGAUGUCUGCUGCUGCUUUAAACUUUGUUUUCUUGUUAACUUGGUCUCCUUGCCUUUUCUCACAAGUUUCAAAAACAUGCUUUUUUUUCCUAAUCUUUUUCCUUCCAAACAUCCACGUAUCUGACACUUCUCACCCUUCACUGUCUGCUCCCCUUCAGCAAAGGUGUCUCUGGCAAAGGGAAACUGGAGGCAGCCUCUCAGGACAGGGUUGCUCUUAGUUGCCAGCAGCCCUGUAGUGGUUCUCCCAACUCAGGAUACUUGUGGUGGAAGGGGUUCUGGAUAAAGGACCCGUUGUUUGCCAGCUCUGGUUGUCAGGACUUUGAGCAUCCCUCUGAGACGCAAGGACGAUCCUGUUGAGUAGACUGUCUGAUAGUAGGUGUGAAGGUGAACUUCAGGGUGGAAGGCUGGAACAGCCAGACCACCUAUGAAUGGUGGGAAUUGUGCAGCAGACAUGUGAGGUGCCUGGUAAGGGCUCAGAGGGGGAAUGUCUAGUGAGGACUGUUUCCCAGCUCCUUGAAGUUUUCCCUGUUAUGAGGAGAAAACUGAGUACUUGCUUGGUUUCAUCAUCUGCUCAGAGUCCUUUGCGUCAUCCUGGCAGAGGUCUAUAUUGGCAUUUCAGAUGAAAUGCAGAACUGGAGGGACGUUGCAGAUUAAUAUUGUUAAAAUGGCAUGCAGUGUCAGCUUUACUAGACUAGAGAACCAUUAUCUGCUGGUGGCUGCCUUGUCUAAUGUAGAGCUGUAGAUUUUUGUAAGGAUUAUAAUGAGGGAUAAUGGCAAUAGGCUGAUGCAGGAUAAUGUUCACGUACACAUGUGCCAGAACUGGCAGUGCUAUAAUUGUCCUGGUAUUUGUAAUAGCAACCUUCCAAUGCAGUUACUAUAAGACCUCUGUGCCCUCUUUUCAAUACCUUCUCUGUCCCCAUAGCUUGUACAGUGGUGUUUGCUUUAUUGCAAUGGUGCAGAGAAAUGGAUUGAAAGCAAGUAAAGGAAGCAAAAUUUUGUAAAAAGGGAAGGGUAGGUUUCACAGUUUAAAUACUGUCUGGGAGAACUGGAUGCUUGUUAAUCUCCUUUGGUUCCUUUGUGAUAGUAGAUGCCUUACUUCAACUGGAGCUGUCAUAGGAAAUUGCUGACUCUCUAUCCCUUGUUUACUGUGUACUUGCUCUAGUGAAUUUUAGAACUAGAAGAAUCCUGAGUGUUUACAGGUUCAGUCAAGGGAGACUAAUGUCAAGUACCUUGGAAAUUCGUGUCCUUACUUGCAAUCAUGGAUAACAUCUUGUAAUUUGAUAGUGCUCAAGGAAAAGUGAACGAGCAUAUUUCCUGUAUUAAAUAGGGCUGAAGUUCAUGACAAGUGUAGGAGAUGCUCUGUUGUGGGGUGUGCAGAGAAGUCUGGAUGAUGCAACCUCUCUCUGUUUUUUUUAUUCUUCCAGGAUUCUCUGUAGACAAAAUUAGGACUUUUAUCCAUUGUAGGUACAUUCACUAAUAGCGUUUUCCUUUCUUGGGGAACCAUGUUUUUUUCUUUACCUUUAUAAUGAUCUUCUGGCAGCAGAUAGAGAACAGGGGCCUUCAGUUCUUCUGUGCCACAGUUAACCAAAUGCUGCAAAAUGGAGAGGGGGCACAAGGAAAUGGUAUUAAGACUGUCAGGACAAAGAUGAGUUGGAGUGGGGGAGUGGGUGAAGAGAGAAAUAUAGAUGGAAAGUCUGUAUUUAACCAGUUUUCUCCCUUCCUCCCUUUUAACUUGCAGAUAUCCUUGAUUUGCAGAAGGCAUCUCAGAAUGUUGUGUCAAGCUGCUCUGAGCCCUAUUGUCCGUUCCCCGGGAUGGUGCUUUGUGUUGUCUCCACGUGCCGUGGCAGCCAUUCCCCGUUCAUACCUCCCUCACCGUAACCAAAGAUUAAGAAAUGAACCCAUCCGUUGUUGGAGCAACAUUCCAUUUCUCACGGUGCCGCUCAGCCGUGCCCAUGGAAAACCCUUUGCACACCGGAGCGAGCUGAAGCACGCCAAGAGGAUCGUGGUGAAGCUGGGUAGUGCUGUUGUGACCCGAGGGGAUGAGUGUGGCUUGGCCCUUGGAAGGCUGGCUUCGAUUGUAGAGCAGGUCUCAAUGCUGCAAAACCAGGGGCGAGAGAUGAUGAUUGUCACCAGUGGUGCUGUAGCCUUUGGAAAGCAGCGGUUGCGUCAUGAGAUCUUGCUUUCUCAGAGUGUGAGGCAAGCACUUCAUUCAGGCCAGAGUCAGCUGAAAGACAUGGCUAUUCCAGUGUUGGAGGCCCGAGCCUGUGCAGCAGCAGGCCAGAGUGGGCUCAUGGCCCUGUACGAGGCCAUGUUUACACAGUACAGCAUCUGUGCAGCUCAGAUUUUAGUCACCAACCUGGAUUUCCAUGAUGAACAGAAGCGUCGCAACUUAAACGGAACAUUACAUGAGCUUUUAAGGAUGAAUAUUGUCCCUAUAAUUAACACCAAUGAUGCUGUUGUUCCACCUCCAGAGCCAAACAGUGAUCUGCAGGGGGUAAAUGUGAUCAGUGUGAAGGACAACGACAGUCUGGCAGCACGACUGGCUGUGGAAAUGAAAACUGAUCUCCUGAUUGUUCUCUCAGACGUAGAAGGACUCUUUAACAGCCCUCCAGGAUCUGAUGAUGCAAAGCUCAUUGACAUAUUCUACCCAGGCGACCAGCAGUCUGUAACAUUUGGAACCAAAUCCCGAGUGGGAAUGGGUGGCAUGGAAGCCAAGGUGAAGGCAGCUCUGUGGGCCCUCCAAGGAGGCACCUCUGUAGUGAUUGCAAAUGGAACCCACCCGAAGAUCUCAGGUCAUGUCAUCACAGAUAUUGUGGAAGGGAAAAAAGUUGGAACUUUUUUUUCAGAGGUAAAACCUGCAGGCCCGACAGUAGAACAGCAGGCUGAGAUGGCUCGAGCUGGUGGCAGGACCCUGGCAGCUCUACAGCCUGAGCAGAGAGCGGAGAUUAUUUAUCGUCUUGCUGACUUACUAACUGACCAGAGAGAAGAAAUUCUCCUGGCAAACAAAAAGGACUUAGAAGAGGCUGAAAAUAAAGGGAGACUGGCUCUUCCUUUGUUGAAACGCCUGAGUCUGUCCACGUCGAAGCUGAACAGCUUGGCCAUUGGGCUGCGCCAGAUCGCAGUGUCCUCGCAGGACAGCGUCGGCCGCGUGCUCCGCAGGACACGGAUAGCAAAGGCCCUGCACCUGGAGCAGGUGACAGUGCCCAUCGGGGUCCUCCUCGUGAUCUUUGAGUCUCGUCCAGACUGUCUUCCACAGGUGUCUGCUUUGGCCAUAGCCAGUGGAAAUGGCUUACUACUUAAAGGAGGGAAAGAGGCAGCACACAGCAAUCAAAUCCUCCAUCAUCUGACACAAGAAGCACUCUCCAUUCACGGAGUCAAAGAUGCAGUGCAGCUGGUGAACACGAGAGAGGAGGUAGAAGAUCUCUGCCGUUUGGAUAAGCUGAUAGAUCUGAUCAUUCCACGUGGUUCAUCGCAGCUGGUCAGGAAUAUCCAGAAAGCUGCCAAGGGAAUCCCAGUGAUGGGACACAGCGAAGGGAUCUGCCAUGUGUACGUGGACACAGAUGCCAGCGUUGAGAAGGUCACACGGAUAAUCAGAGACUCAAAGUGUGAAUAUCCUGCUGCCUGUAACGCUCUGGAAACUCUCCUGAUUCAUCGCGACUUGCUGAGAACCCCGUUGUUUGAUCAGAUCAUAGACAUGUUGAGAGUAGAACAGGUGAAGAUUCACGCUGGCCCAAAGUUUGCAUCUUACCUGACAUUCAGCCCUUCAGAAGUGAAAUCUCUGCGCACGGAAUACGGGGACCUGGAGUGCUGCAUUGAGGUGGUGGACAGCGUUCACGAGGCCGUUGAACAUAUCCACAAGUAUGGAAGUUCGCACACGGACGUUAUUAUCACAGAGAAUGAGCAAACAGCAGAGUUCUUCCUCCAGCAUGUCGACAGCGCUUGUGUUUUCUGGAAUGCCAGUACCCGAUUCUCUGAUGGCUACAGAUUUGGACUUGGUGCUGAAGUGGGAAUUAGUACUUCUCGUAUCCAUGCACGUGGACCAGUGGGAAUUGAAGGACUCUUAACUACAAAGUGGUUGCUGAGGGGGGACAAUCAUGUUGUUUCUGACUUCUCAGAGCACGGCAGCAUGAAGUAUCUUCAUGAGAGCCUCCCACUCCCUCAGAGAAAUGCCAACUGAGAAUGCUGGGGUUGGAGUUAAAACCCAGGGGUAUAAUUAUUUCCUGAAGAUGUCCAGGCUUCAGGACAAUCUCUGGUGAAGGAGUUUGUCUUUCAUCUUCAGGAGCAUUGUCCUUGGUCAUUUGCGGUACAGUUAAUACAAAAUGAUCGCAUCGACGAGAUUCCCCCCCCCUUUCAGUUUCCUUAAACAGUAUCUGCAGGCUGACCUCACUCCUCCCACAGACAGACUUUUCCAAAUCAUGCAGGUAACAUAAGAAAGGAUUUCAACAUCUGCUGCAUUCCUUUUUUGUCCCAAUGCUCCCUAUAGCAAAUAUGCUUGGUGGUGGAGCAUGAUUUUUUUUUUCCAUAAGUGUUUGUUUUAUUCAAGUAUCUGUUCUGGAGAACAGACUCAAUAGUUUUGGUUUUGAGCGGUUUUUUCUUCAGUUUUAUGAUCAUGGCAGCUCUUGAAAGCCAAAAACCUUUACGCUUAGUUUCUUUGUAUUUGAUAACUCUUCAGACAGGGGGACAGAUGUUCCAAAUGUGUAGUAAGCUUUUGACCAAGAAACCUUUUAUAUCUCAUUCUUUGUAUUGUUGACUAUUGUAGAUAAAUAAUAUAAUUGUCUGCUGCA